UUAAGACACAUAAGAGAAUAUAAAUUUGUAAUUAGGAAAAAGGAACUCGUUCCAUCAAUCAUCAGUUACCGGUAAUUCUAUUCGAAUUCGCUUCUUUUUCAUGUCUACCAAUAUUUAUCAUUCUAUUUUUAUUUGUUCUUCUUUAUUCCGUUGAAUUGAAUCCUCAGAUAUGGAAUCGAAUGAUGGAGAAAUUGACCGGUUAGAGAGGGGUUUGUUGGUCGAACAUGAAGAAUCUGAAGAAGAACCAGUUAUCUAUACGGCGUCGUUUGAAGAGAGAGAAGAGAAUUUCGUCAAGUAUCAAACAGUUCGAUGGGUAUUGUAUUCACUGUUGCUAUUAUUGGCUUGGGGAAUAGGGCUAAUCAUGUUGAUUUAUUUGCCCAUUCGGAGGUAUAUUUUACGCAAAGACAUCCGCUCCAGGAAACUUUAUCUCACUCCCAACGCCAUUGUUUACAAAGUAACAAGACCAGUUCCAUUUCCAUGUUUUGGGGAUUUGAAGAAGGAGAAGUAUGUUCUAUUGCCAUCAGUUGCUGAUAUUGUAGUUGAACAAGGUUACCUACAGUCUCUGUGUGGGGUCUAUUCGAUAAGAAUUGAAAAUGUUGGUGUGAGAAGAUCUCCGAGAGAUGAUCUCCAAAUCCAAGGAAUUGCAGAUGCUCUUGAUUUCAGGAAGGCUGUUCUGAUGCAACUAUCAAAUCUUAGAAGUAAAGCAUUCUCUAGACAAGCUUCAGUUGAUGAUACUUCGAAUUUGCAAAUUAGUCAUUCCUGUACUACUUCGAUGUCGCCAUCGAGAUCCAUCAAGCAUGAUUCAUUAUCUCAUUCUGGAGAUGCUGCAGUAUUACAGAAGCUGGAAGAAGUUGGAAGUUCCGUGAAGAGGGUUCAAAAUCUGAUUGAAGAACACCACCUCCAAACAUCAGAACUUGCGGCUUAAGGUGCACUUGUUCAUUUCAGAUACUUGGCAAAAUGAGUUGGAUGUUUAACUGCAAAAGCUGCAAUUCCAGUCGCUUCUCAUUAAAUGGGGUUUGCUUCCUCAUUUCAUAUCAAGUAUGGUUGUUAAACAUGGCUUCUCUGGAACAAGAAUGCCCUGUUAAUAGUUUCUAGUCAACAUAGGUAGUGGUCUUGCUGAUUCCAUUGACUGUCUCAUCUAGAGUUUUGAUAAAUCGUUGCAGUGUUUAUUGUGGAAAUAUCUGCUGCAAUAAAUUUUAUCUCUUUCAUAUUUUGAUGCUCAUCUUGUUAUCACUGUAAAGUUGUUCGUUGAGGUAACCCUAUUUGGUUGAAUUACUCUUAUGCUGAUCUGGAGUUCUGCAUUUCCUAAGCGGCCCUUUUGCUUUGAGCUACACAAGAUUUCUCUCUCUAUCUCCUUCUUUCUUUCUUUCAUUCAUCUUCUUCCUCAACAAGUUAACUUAUUGAUGAAGAGCACCUUCCCUUAUGAAGACCAUUAGUAACAGACAUUCUAAUCAGUUGUCACAUCGUGAAUCUGUUUCAGAAAUUCUAAGGAUUUUGAUGUUGCAUCUAGUUGGCUUUGGUGCUUAUCCAUAUUCCGGCAUUAUAUCAACAGUUGUGAACUAUUCAGUGAAAAACAAAACAAAACAGUUGUGAACUACUCUAGAAUCCAUCCAAUUGUUUGCGCAUCAAGGUAAUCCACUACUUUCAAGGCUUUAAACAAUCCUGUUCCAACAUGCUUGGUCGUCCAGCUACAUCCAAUUACAGGCACUGAUGAUGCUGGUUGUCUCCUUUCCUACACUAGUCUUGACGAGAUAAUUUUAUCGCCAAUAAACUUUACUUCUACAACUUUGUCCUAAGUCAUGGUUCUACAGUGCUUCCUACUCUGUUCCUAUC